AUGUUCUACAAACGUGCCCCAACGGACCUUGGUAUAUUUCAAGUCGACUGCCAGAACUCAGAGAGCGCAUGCAACAACGCCUGUUUCUAUAUACGCUGUUUGAACCCUGGUCCUGACGCCAACAAAAUCACAUAUACCGGUGCCCAAAAUAACGAACAAAACCGUCGCGAAUCCGGAUGUAGAGUCAACAACCCCUCUGCAGCCAGUGUCUGCCGCAGCUUUCCCUUCAGCCAGGCUUUCACCGACAAGCUAGCAGUAGAUCAGCAGUGUGACGAAUGGCCCCCAGCAUUGGCUCAACAACAACCUUUCGACCCCAAUCCUCUUGUACGGCCACCAAACAGCCUUAGAUGCAUGCCUGGCCCUGAGAAUGGGUCUCUAGGCGGCAAGCUCGCGGCAUUCCUUAGGAGGACCAAUGCUGCUCGGGAUGAUUUUUUUCGUGUCGACUUCACAACCAAUAUUGCCUCUGCCGAUCAAAGGAAAGUCCAAUACUGUCUCGGAGCAAAGCCCAAUUGCGAUCAAGAUGGGAGACAGUUUGGAAUGGUUCGAAAAGCCGUCGGAGGAGGGAAAAUCAGCUCACCAUACAACUUUGACAAAAACGACAACCGGUACAGUUUGCUGGGUACCCCUUACAAGGAAUUGUACCAAUGCAGUGUCAAAUUCACUCGCGAUGGUGACCAGGACAUUCGAUCAAUCACGCUUAGCGAUUGGGAGGAUAAGGACUUCUUCUUGACUGAUUUCCAGUUGCCCAACAAUGGAGACACCCAUUUGAUGCAGGGUUUGCCAAAGGAUCUACAAAUCAAACGCACGGGAGCUUUUGGCAGUAAGAUUGGCUUCUUCUACGCGCCGACUCAAACACCUGGGCAGAACAUUAACGAAUUCGAGUGGGACUCAGAUAUGUCUGGGAAUGGUAGAGGUCCAGCGACAAACGACGGUCAACCAGAUCGAUUUUGUAGAGUCGCUAAUGGCAAUGGGCCUAACAAACAAGAUUUCGAAUGCUACUUCCCGUGCUACAGGAAAGCGAAUGGAAGGUAG